AUGAAAGUUCAUUGUACAUUAUGCGGAUUAUGCUUCCGUAGAUUGCGUAAAUAUGAAAUUUCAAUAAAACAAUGCUUAUGCACACCAUUACUACGUGUAAUACCUGAAGCUAAAAAAAUUUGUCGUUUAAGAAUAAAAUCAUCACCUGAUUCAGCUAAACCAAUAAAACAUCUAAUAUCGAAAUUAAACAGAAAAGCAACGAAUGAGUUAGAACGAAUGAAACGAAAAGGUAAUAAUUGGUCAGCUAAUGAUUUAUUUAAAUUUCAACAUGGAAAUUUGGAUCAUUAUGAUACAGAUGAGAAACGAGCAAUUUGUAUGGAAUGGCUUCGACGGCUUAACAAUAUUACCAAAAAAUAUUAUUGUCUUGCAUGGUAUGCAUCAGCAAUUUACACUUGCUAUUAUCGAUUAGCACCGUUAAUUAGUGAUAAAGAUGAGAAGAAGCGAAUAUGGAUUGACGUUAAACGUGAAUAUGCGGAAAUAUUCCUAAUGGGUCGACGUAUAUGGCGUAGACCCACUCAUCCAAAUAGACUUCGUAUUCUUUAUGAUUUAGCAAUGCUAUGUAUUCUUUUCAAUGAUAUACCUAAUGAUGAAACAGUGAUACUAUUUCGUGAUUUACUAGAUGAUAGUGAUAAUUUCAAUUUUGAAGUACUAAAUGAGAUUGAAUAUGCACAAUCUAUUGAUAAGACAGUACGAUUGGAAAAUCAUAUAAUUGAUUUGUUUUAUCAAAGACGAAAAUCUACUUGUUCUACUCGUUCCAGUUUUCUAUCAAAAAGCAACAUUGAAACACCGCGAAGUAGUUUUAGAAGUUUAAAAAUGAAAAAUGAUGAUUUAAAAAACGUCAAAUUAAGCAAAACUUUAUCCAUUCCGGAAAACAUAAUGUCAGAUUCAUGUGUAACAACAAAAGUUAUUCGUAAACAAAGUGUUCGUUUUGCUGGAAAAUCUGAUUUAAGCAAGAACGAGGAAAAAUAUUUAAAUUUAACAAAUAUAACAACAGCAAAAAGUAUAAAUACUAAUUUUAUGGAGAAUAAUCGUACAGAAAAUAUAAAUAAACAAAUGAAUUGUAAACAAUUUAUCACUUCGAAUGUUUUCUUUACUGAAGCAACUAAAAUUGAAAUAGAAUUUGCAAUGAAAAAAAAGUCAAAUCAUGCAACAAUAAGCCAAAAAUUUCCAUCCGUAUUAUCAGAGCAAAUGAUAGCAUUCGUAGUUGUUUAA